AUGCUUUUACGUCUAGCCUAUUGCCUUGGCAACCUAGCUGCCCGCUGCUCUACUGCACGCACUGCUUUCCUACCGGAUUCGAGGAGAUUGGCUGAAGUGAGGCAUGUUUACCGUGAGCACUGGGAGCGGUUGCUGGGCCACUAUUCUGGCUCGACAGAACCUGGGGACAGGCAGAAUCAGACGGCCGCUGCUAAGAGCUAUGGUAGGCCUAGUUCCAUUGAUAAACAUGUUGACUGCACCAUAUUCUGUCACUUGUUGUAG